CAGAAACUAACAGUCCAAUAGUCCAAUAAAAAUUUUUAAAAAUUAAAAAAAAUAUAUAUAAAGUUUUGUAAUUCCAGAUGAUGCAUUUGACGUUUAUACGGAGAAUUUCCAUUUCCUCACCAUCCUCUCAUACCUUAACUCUGUGUGAUAACAGGUUCUAUCCCCACCAUUCUAUGAAUGAAAUAGCAAUUGAAAUAUAGGUUGGAUGUAAAUAAUUAUUUUUCUUUACCUGAUUCCAAAGGUAACAUAGUGUCAGUAUAGAAAGCUGAAAAGCACAAAGAAAAUUAAAUAUCCAUAAUCCUAUCAACUAUUGGUUAAUUUUGGUAUAUUUCCAACUAAUCUCUUUCUGUGUGUAUCAAUAUACUACUUUUGUUUUAAUAAAAGGAAUGAAAAAAGGUACACACUGAUUUGGAGUCUGCUUUUUCCACUCAGGAAUUUAUCAUAGUUUCUCACAUUGAUUUUUUUUUUUAAACAAUAAACUACCUACUAUAAAAUCCUUAAUAUUUUUGCUAGACACAUAGAUUUAAAUUUUUUUUUUGAAAACUAUACAGCUUUGCUCACAGCUCUGAUGAUUUUUUUGGGAUAAACUCUAAAUGGAACUGGUGGUUUAAAAGUCAUGUCCAUUUUAAAACUUUUGACAUACAGAAAAGUUACGUUAAAUACUAAAAUUUGAGGGUACUGGUUCCCCAAAUACGUUUACUUAUGUUGGUUGACCUUCUUAUUCUUUGCCAACUAAUAAGAAAAUGUCAGCUUCUUUUGUUUGCUCUUUAAUACCAGUCAGGUUACUUUUAUAUUUCUUUUACUAGUCAUACAGGUUUACUUACAAUUCUACAAAUAAAUCUUGCUCAUUGAUAAUUUUCCAGCAUUGUUUGCAAGAUCGUUUCAACAGAAAAGUUCUCCCCCUUAUCCACUUCAGCUGACCAAUUCCUACCCCUCCCAACUCUAAUGACAUUUACUGGUUCCAAGAAAUUUGGCACUUAAUGCCCCCCACCCCGUCCUUGCCUUUUUCAUGCAUGUAUAUUUCAUCCUCAAAACAUUUAGUGGCUCAAGGACAAAAGCCCGGUAGCGUUGGAACCCAUUAUGCUAAUGGCCCGGUGUUAACAAUUUACCUUCCCAGGGGUCCUUUCCUGGGAACACAGGGAAGGCUAAUUGACUUUAGCAGUUGGGAGAGCAAUGACCAAACCUUUCGUGAUUUUGAAAUCAGGCCAUGAGAGGCUUCAGAAGCAGAGGCUCAACCACGGAAACCUCAACUAUUGUCCCGAAUUAUGCCUGACUAAUGCUAAAGAUUGAGCAAGGGUCCAGGUGUCCGGACAGUUUGGAGUGCCCCAGGUCCAAACUGGAGUCCUGAGAGGUGUCUGCCCCACUGUGUCCCACUGGCUGGGCUCUAGGUUUCUAUUUUCGGGUCGAUGCGCUUGAUUCUUUAGUCCAGCUUUCCGGAAAAGGGACAGUGAUGACCGCACCGGCCCUUGAUUCCUUUCCACCGUUCUUGAGUAGGUUGGUAACGGUCUGUUUACGUAGAGGCGGUGAGCCAGCCAUUUCCCGCAAGCCGCCGCGACUCUCCUUCAGGUCUGCAGACAGAGGAGUCAGAGACAGUCCGAGUCCAAGAAGGAGGCGCAAAGCUCCCAGCCCACCGGGAGGGUUAGCCCCGCGCAAGGGCCUCGCCCCGCCUCUCCAGGCUUAAGGGCCGACCCGGGCGCCGAGGCCCAGCCUUGCAGCCCGCCCAUUGGCCCCGCAAGGCCCUCUCCUUCGCUCCUGCAGCGUUCUAGGCCACGCCCACCUGCGUGACCGCACAGGACACUGUGAAUCCGGGGAUUAUUGCGUCUGGUAACUGAACUCUAUCUAAAAGGUUUCUCCUGGCUUGGUCUCGGGUUUCCCGCUGAUUUUCCCAAAAAUGACGGCGUCUUGCGCGCCUCGCCGCGCGCCUUGCCAGGCACCUCCUGGCCGCCCAGAGAGUCCCCCUUUUCCUUGGUGCUGCGGCGGGAUUCUUUUGCUGUCUUUAGUGCUCCCGUUGCCCAUAUUCUCCGGUCCCUGUAUUGACCCACCAGUAAUGGAGAGUAUGAAGCUCAAGGGUGUCAUUAAACGCCAUUAUUAUUCUGGGGACAGAAUAAACUAUGAGUGUCGCAUAGGAUACUUUCAUGUGUGGCCUUAUCGCCUCUCAUCUACUUGUGAGCCUAAUGGCUCAUGGAGCCCUAUUGAAGAAGCAUGUUUAAGAAAAUCAUGUCCAAAUCCAGAAAUAAAGCAUGGUGAAGUAUAUGCCCCAAAUAAAACCUUUGAGUUUGAAUCAGAAGCUCACAUUUCUUGUAAUGAGGGUUAUUACUUAAGAGGAAAAAGCAUUCUAACUUGUAACCGUAUUGGAGGGAAUGUGCAUUGGAGUGAUAAGAUACCACAUUGUGAAAAGAUUUUUUGUGGACGACCUCCAGAAAUAAAACAUGGAAAACACACCAAUAGCUACAGGAAUAUAUUUGAAUAUAAUGAAUUAGUAACUUAUAGUUGUAAUCCUUCAAAUGGAUCAGAUGAAUAUUCGCUUGUUGGAGAGAGACAACUUAUUUGUUCUGGACCUGGCAAAUGGAGUAGUGCUGCUCCUCUGUGUAAAGUGGUCAAAUGUGAACGUCCAGUACUCGAACAUGGAAUAAUGGUAUCAGGAAAUAGAAAAAAAUUUUCUUACCAAGCAGUGGUGAUAUUUGAAUGCCUCCAGGGUUUUUACCUUAAUGGCAGCAACCUAGUGUUCUGUGGUGGUAAUAAUACUUGGGAGCCUGAGAUGCCAAAGUGUAUUAAAGGUUACAAGCCUACUCAUCCAACCAAGACUCCACUUGCAAAAUAUCCAGGAUAUCCCAAUCCCAGCAAUGAAAUACUAUCACUUGAUGACUUUGAGGAUUUAGAUACAGGAAUCAUUGCUCUGAUUAUUCUUACUGCAAUUGUUGCUGUUGUGGUAGUUUGUACCUGCUUAUACAGAUGUCUUCACAGUGAGAGGAAAGAGGAGAAGGAUAUGAAAAAGAAGGAGAAGAAAGAGAAGAAGGAAAAGGAGAAAAAGGAAAACAAGAAGAAGGAGAAGGAGAAGAGAAGAAGAUGAAAGAGUAAAUCAAAGCAUGUUUCCUCUAACUUAUUCUAAACUUUGUACUUCUGAUAUACUUUUGUGCAGUUUUUUUUUUGUCCUCUAUAUUGCAUGCUGUGUUUUCCUAAAAUGUGCCUGCAUGAGUGUGCUGUCUGAAUUGCAUUUCAUUACUAAAAAUGUUUUUAGCUGCUUUUAAUAUCACUGCAACCAGAGAAAUUUGUGCAGAAUUUCAUCAGCUAUUCUGACUGUAGGAAAAGUUUCUGUGGGAUUUGAGGUUUAAGUUCUUCAGCAAAUCGUGGACUGUUAGAGGAUUUUCCCUACCCUAGGUGUACCCUACUUCCUAGAUUGGACUGGUGGCCAAGAUGAAAUUUUAAAUGGUUCACUGGAUACUUUGACAUUUAUAUUCACUGCAGUUUUUAUGAUGAAAAUCUCCAUUUAUCUGUCCAACUUAGGUCACUGUAAGAAGCUAUGUAGUUAAAAUUUGAUUUCAUUUAGAGUUGUUAUUUAUAUAACUGGGGAAUUAAAAGCAGCAUUAUUUGAUUUCCCAUU